UGCACGUGCUCCUCCUUAUAAAACAUAAGUUUAUGCGCACAUGACACAUGUCGUAUCGUAUAGUCGUAAGGAUGAAAGCCCAAAUCUUCUACGUGCUGUGUGUCGGUGUGUUAUGUCUGUUGAAGUCAGCAGCAGCAGCCGACGCCGACGCCGCUCCUUCAGGACGAGAUUACACAGUAAAGCCGGGAGUGUGUCCUCGCGCAAGGUUUGAAGAAGAAGUAAAACCAGGAGUGUGUGCAGAGUUGUGUGUCAAUGACGGUGACUGCCCAGGAAAUAAGAAAUGCUGCAGAAACGGAUGUGGGAGCCAAUGUACUACUCCAAAAAAAGAUAUAGUAAAGCCGGGAGUGUGUCCCCGCACAAGGUUUGAAGAAAGAGUAAAACCAGCAGUGUGUGCUGAGUUGUGUGACAAUGACAGCGACUGCCCAGGAGAUGAGAAAUGCUGCAGUAGGCCUAACGGAUGUGGGCGUCAAUGUACUCCUCCGCAAAAAGUUAUAGUAAAGCCGGGAGUGUGUCCUCGCGCAAGGUUUGAAGUAGAUGUAAAACCAGGAGUUUGUGCAGAGUUGUGUGACAAUGACAGCGACUGCCCAGGAGAAAAGAAAUGCUGCAGAAACGGAUGUGGGAGCCAAUGCACUACUCCACAAAAAGAUAUAGUAAAGCCGGGAGUGUGUCCUCGCGCAAGGUUUGAAGUAGAAGUAAAACCAGGACUGUGUGCAGAGUUGUGUGACAAAGACCGCGACUGCCCAGGAGAAAAGAAAUGCUGCAGAAACGGAUGUGGGAGCCAAUGUACUACUCCACAAAAAGAUAUAGUAAAGCCGGGAGUGUGUCCUCGCGCAAGGUUUGAAGUAGAUGUAAAACCAGGAGUGUGUGCGGAGUUGUGUGCCAAUGACGGCGACUGCCCAGGAAAUGAGAAAUGCUGCAGUAAUGGAUGUGGGCAUCAAUGUUCUCCUCCACAGAAAGAUAUAGUAAAGCCGGGAGUGUGUCCUCGCGCAAGGUUUGAAGUAGAAGUAAAACCAGGACUGUGUGCAGAGUUGUGUGACAAAGACCGCGACUGCCCAGGAGAAAAGAAAUGCUGCAGAAACGGAUGUGGGAGCCAAUGUACUACUCCACAAAAAGAUAUAGUAAAGCCAGGAGUGUGUCCUCGCGCAAGGUUUGAAGUAGAAGUAAAACCGGGAGUGUGUGCUGAGUUGUGUGCCAAUGACGGCGACUGCCCAGGAAAUGAGAAAUGCUGCAGUAACGGAUGUGGUCAUCAAUGUAGUGCUCCACACAAAGGUUUGUCGUAUCGUAUAGUCGUAAGGAUGAAAGCACAAAUCUUCUACGUGCUGUGUGUCGGUGUAUUAUGUCUGUUGAAGUCAGCAGCAGGAGCAGCAGCCGACGACCCCGCUGCUUCAGGACGAGACUACGCAGUAAAGCUGGGAGUGUGUCCCAGCAGAAGAUUGGAAGUGGAAGUAGAUUUAAGACCAGGAUUGUGUGCCGAGUUGUGUGCCAAAGACCGCGACUGCCCGGGAGAUGAGAAAUGCUGCAGUAACGGAUGUGGGCGUCAAUGUACUCCUCCACAAAAAGAUAUAGUAAAGCCGGGAGUGUGUCCCCGCAGGAGGAUUGGAGUCUGUGCAGAGUUGUGUGACAAUGACAGCAACUGCCCAGGAAAUGAGAAAUGCUGCAGUAACGGAUGUGGGCAUCAAUGUUCUCCUCCACAGAAAGAUAUAGCAAAGCCGGGAGUGUGUCCAAGCAGAAGGUUUGGAGUAGGAGUCUGUGCAGAGUUGUGUUCCAAUGACCGCGAAUGCCCAGGAAAUGAGAAAUGCUGCAGUAACGGAUGUGGGCGUCAAUGUACUCCUCCACAAACAGAUAUAGCAAAGCCGGGAGUGUGUCCAAGCAGAAGGUUUGGAGUAGGAGUCUGUGCAGAGUUGUGUUCCAAUGACCGCGAAUGCCCAGGAAAUGAGAAAUGCUGCAGUAAUGGAUGUGGGCGUCAAUGUACUCCUCCAUAUACAGCAAAGCCGGGAGUGUGUCCCCGCAGAAGGUUUGAAGUAGGAGUACGACCAGGAUUGUGUGCAGAGUUGUGCAAAAAUGACAGCGACUGCCCAGGAAAUGAGAAAUGCUGCAGUAACGGAUGUGGGCAUCAAUGUUCUCCUCCACAAAAAGAUAUAGCAAAGCCGGGAGUGUGUCCAAGCAGAAGGUUUGGAGUAGGAGUGUGUGCAGAGUUGUGUUCCAAUGACCGCGAAUGCCCAGGAAAUGAGAAAUGCUGCAGUAAUGGAUGUGGGCGUCAAUGUACUCCUCCAUAUACAGCAAAGCCGGGAGUGUGUCCCCGCAGAAGGUUUGAAGUAGGAGUACGACCAGGAUUGUGUGCAGAGUUGUGCGAAAAUGACAGCGACUGCCCAGGAAAUGAGAAAUGCUGCAGUAACGGAUGUGGGCAUCAAUGUUCUCCUCCACAAAAAGAUAUAGUAAAGCCGGGAGUGUGUCCCCGCAGGAGGUUGGAAUUAGAAGUAAGACUGGGAUUGUGUGCAGAGUUGUGUGCCAAUGACAGCGACUGCCCAGGAAAUGAGAAAUGCUGCAGUAACCGAUGUGGUCGUCAAUGUACUCCUCCACAAACUGUUAUAGAUCCGAGAGGUGCCAGUGCUCCAGGUUAUCCAAAGAAAAACAGACGUUUAACCAAACCAAAGCCAGGAGUUUGUCCCCGCAGGAGGUUUAGAGUUGCAGUGUGUGCAGAGUUGUGUGCCAAUGACAGAGAAUGCCCAGGAAAUGAGAAAUGCUGCAGUACUGGAUGUGGGCAUCAAUGUAGUCCUCCAUAUACAGCAAAGCCGGGAGUGUGUCCGCGCAGAAGGUUUGGAGUAGGAGUGUGUGCAGAGUUGUGUUCCAAUGACCGCGAAUGCCCAGGAAAUGAGAAAUGCUGCAGUAACGGAUGUGGGCAUCAAUGUUCUCCUCCAUAUACAGGGAAACCUCGUUUGUGCACUCUAUGGAUGUGGACUCCAAUGUGUCCCCAAUAGUCUUGACAGCCAGUGUCCUGCAGAACAGAAAUGUUCCCCAACCACCUGUGGUCUUGCAUGCAGUGAUCCUUGCUGACUUCAGA